CCUGUGUGACCGCGAGAGUUGGUAGCCGGUAGCCGCUGCUGCUGCCUGUCAACAUCACACAGCCUCAGAAGACGCCUGUCUGUGUCCGCCAGGGAUUUUAUUUUUAACUGUUUGUCUCUGACAGAGCACUAACUGUCCUCCACCAUGCCCAUGUACCAGGUAAAGCCCAUCUGUGGGAGUCACAUAAAGACUGAUUUACCCACCUGCAUGUACAACUUACCAAAUGUCCACGCACAGCCAGGGAGCAUGUUCACCUCAGAACACGCGCUUCAGAAUGGCGAGGUGGACCCAGCAGUCAAAGCUCUGGAGGCCCGGCAGGAUGAGAUCAUGAGAAAACUGUACGAGCUGAAAGCAGCAGUGGACGGCCUGGCCAAGACAGUGACCACCCCAGAUGCCGAUCUGGACCUCACAGUCAGCAGCACCUUCUGCUCCCAAAGCCCCAGUUCGACGACCUUCAAAGGUGUCACAGACCUGGACACACUACUGGGCAAGGACCUCGGUGCUCUCCGUGACAUCGUCAUAAACGCCAACCCAGCACAGCCACCCCUGACCCUACUGGUGCUCCACAGCGUGCUGUGUCAGCGCUACCGCGUGCUCUCCACCGUCCACGUCCACUCCUCAGUUACCAAUGUGCCGCCACAGCUCCUGUCCUGCCUCGGCCCACGCCAUGCAGACAGCUAUGCCCGCCAGAUGUUCCAGCUGGGCUUCACUCUCAUAUGGAAAGAUGUCCCCAAACUGCAGAUGAAGUUUAGUGUCCAGAACAUGUGUCCAGUCGAGGGCGAGGCCAACGUGGCGCGAUUCCUCUUCAAGCUGCUGUCUCCCUACCCCAGCGACGCUGCUCCCGCCACACUGGUGGACAGCUGGGUGGACACAGCUUUCUUCCAGCUGGCAGAAGGGAGUGCCAAGGAGCGGGCUGCUGUCCUACGGGCCCUUAACUCCUCUCUGGGCCGCAACCCCUGGCUGGCCGGGCCGGAGUUCUCCCUGGCCGACAUUGCCUGCUAUUGCUGCGUGCUGCAAAGUGGCUCUGCCUCCUCUACUCCCACUAAUGUCCAGCGCUGGCUCAAGUCCUGUGAGAACCUGGGUCACUUCAGCCCUGCGAAGCUAUUUCUGCAGUGACUGGAGCUGGGACACCAGAAGGGUGUUUUGUCUGAGCAAAGUGAGAGAAGGGAAUUAGAAUAUUAAAAUAUCUGAGCCAUGUCAGGAAAAGCCUCUAAUGCUUCCCUCCUUAUUGUAAUAUAUCUCUGACAAAGACUCCGUAGAAGCAAUAUGGUUGAUGGUUAAAGUCAAUUUAAGAGUAUUUGUCUCCGCCAUGCUGCUUUUGUAUAACAAAGAGAUUCUAAGGCUAUUUUUACAAGGGAGGAAGCAUGAGAGGACUAAAGACAAGGGCUUAGUGAUUAAAUCAAAGGUACUGACAGAAUUAACACACACUGUACACCUUCCACCCACUUUGUGCCUAACAUGAUCCUGUUCUAAAUGUGUGUGGUGAUGGGUAUUACUAGGUGUUUUCUAAAGUAAUACUUUGCACCAUUUGUUUUUUUUGAAAUCAUUAAAACUAUCUCUUUGGAUCAAACUUUGAA